CUUGGACAACACUCUGAGGGACGGGGGGGGAUUGUUGGGGUGUCCUGGGCAGGGCCUGGAGUUGGGCUGAUGAUCCCUGUGAGACCAUUCCAUGAUUCCAUGCCAUUCCUACCCCCCUGUCUCGGGGCAGUUGGAAGCUCUGGAGUGUCCCACCCCCCCCAUGGAUGGGCUGUUUGCAGCCAGUUUCCCUCAUGGAACCUGGGGAAUGUGUGGCUCUGGAAGUGGCUGGGGCUCAGUGCAGUGAUGUUCCCGUUGUUUCCCCCUCAGACAGACCCCGAGAACACGGAUUACACCAUGGAACACGGAGCCACUCGCAACUUCCAGGCGGAGAAGCUGCUGGAGGAGGAGGAGAAGAGGCUGCAGAAGGAGAGGGAGGAGGAAGAGCUCAACAACCCCAUGAAGGUCCUGGAGAACAGAACCAAGGACUCCAAGCUGGAGAUGGAGGUUCUGGAGAACCUGCAGGAGCUGAAGGAGCUCAACCAGCGCCAGGCCAACGUGGACUUCGAGGCCAUGCUGAAGCAGUACAAGGAGUACGAGGAGGAGCAGAGGAGGAGGGAGCAGGAGGAGGAUGAGCAGGAGAUGAACCCCCUGACCCCCUCUCCUGUCUCCCUGCAGGACCCUCAGCCCCAGAGCAAGAAGCUGAGGACAGAGAGCUGGGAGAGGAGUGUGGGCAAACUCAACAGCAAGGCCCAGCUGGCUGGGCUGGUGUCCCUGAGGAAGCAGAAGGCGGAUCCAAGCCUGGAAAAUGGGAUGAAGAGCCAAGGCACCGGCUCGAUUCCCACCCCGACCAGCACCUCCACGUCCUCCCUCAGCUUGUUGGGAGCCUACUCGGACAGCGAGGACAGCGAGGACUGAGGAGCCACCUGGGCAGGAUGGGGAUGUUCCUGGAUGGCAGCAGCUGCCCCUGGAGCCCCACGUGGAGCUGGAAGCACAGCCUGGGCCCAGGGAAUUCCAGGCCAGCUGCUGUUCCCAAAUCCUGACCCGCCGUGCCCGCCCUCGCUGCUGGCACACAGAGGAGCUGCUCCCGUGGGAAGGGGGUUUCCCUGGAGCAGGGAUCCUGUGGGAAGCCUCUGUGCCCAAUCCCAGCAUCCAGCCAGCCUGGUGUGGGUCCCAGCCCUGCUCCCAGGAUGUGGUGGGAAGCACAGGACUCUGCUGUCUCCAUCCUGGGGGUGCCCAGGCCCUGGUUUGGGGGCUCACUGACCCUCCCACAGCAGUGAAGGGACCUCGGAGCCGCCCUUCCCACUGGAAUGUGGAGGCAAGGUGGGCACUCACCCCUCUGCCACCUCAGGAGGGCCCACCACCCCUUUUUUUGUCCCUGGAGCCCAAAUCCUGAGUCCUGGAGCUGUGUUGUCCCUGCUCCAAGUGACCCUGAAGCCCUAAUCCAGUGUCCUGGAGCCCAAAUCUGGAAUCCUGGAGCUGUCAUGUCCCUGCUCCAAGUGACCCUGGACCCCUUUUCCGUCUCCUGGGGGGCUCAGAUCCCACCUUUGUGACUGGGUCCUGCCCCCCAGCCCCGGGGGGCUCACCCAGCCCCACACUGUGGGGGUGUGGGUAUUCUGCCAGCAGCCCCCUCCCCUCCCUGAGCCCCCCCAGAUGUCCCCAGGAGCUCGGUGACAAACCCCUCCCCGCCCUUCCCCGGCUCCAGCAGCCACAGCUCCGGAAUAAAUUGGA